AUGGGAUCGGAUUGCUUCUUGUGUUGGUUUGAAAGUAGAGAAGCCAGGGUUGAUGUAUUGCUUGGGGGACCUUGGUAUGUAGCUAGACAAAUCAUUGGAGUUGAACAAUGGGCUGCUGGGCUAUCCUCUAAAUCCUUGAGAGGAUUUACAUCACCGGUUUGGAUCAGGUUACCAAAUUUACCUUUGGAGUAUUGGGAUGCAUCCAAUCUUGUGAGGUUGGCGGAAGGUAUAGGGGAUCCUUUGUUGAUGGACGAGCAAACGAAGUUAUUGAAUAGGUGUGCAUUUGCUCGUAUUUGUGUGCGUUUGGAUCUGUCAAAGAGGCUACCAAAGGGAGUUUGGGCUAACGGGUUGAAUGGAAGAUUUUUUCAACCCAUUGAAUAUGAGGGAAUCCCCUUAAUUUGUUUGAAGUGCGGGAGAGUGGGACAUAAGGCAGAGUUGUGUAAGGAGAACUUUGUUCAGCCCAAGCAACAUGUUGUUAAGACCAGUGGUGAGAAGAUGCAGGAUAGGCCUGGGGUCUUGGUUGAUGCUAAAGGCAGUGGUCUGGGAGGUUUGGAAGGAGAUGUAUCAUUUGCUGGAGUAAAUCCCGCUCACAAGAGUUGUUCAGAUGUUGACAAUGAUGAGGGUGAAUGGACCAUUAUAACUAGAAGGAGAAGACCAAAUAAUGAUAGAGUUGGGAACAGAACACAAACAGUCAAUGCUAAGCCAGUUGUACCACCUAAAGCUAUUUGGAGAGAGGUGCCUAAGGUGCAGGAAAGUGUUGAACAAGGUGGGCAAGUACAGCCUUCAAUACAGAAAACUGAAGUUUUGCCUUUGAGUGGGGAGAUGAUUAUUAUGCAACAGGAUAAGGGAAAGUCGGUGUUGAAUUUUAUUGGUAUGGUGCCUUCCCAGGAGAAGCAGGUUGUUCAAAAUAUGGAUAUUCCUGCUCAGGAGCUGAGUGCUAAUGCU